AUGGCGUUCCUCCCCCGUCGCAUCCUCACCUCUCGAGUUGCCGCCUCCCGCACCUUCUCCAGCCGCGCCAUCCUCCGCAGCGACCAGCCUCCGUUCGCCUUCCGCUCCGGACCAUCGCCCCCACGCCUCCCCAAGGAAGAGCAGGAAAUCUUCGAGGAGCUCCAACGAAAGUCCACGGGCGCCUUCAGUACUCCCCAAAUCAACCAGUCUCCCGACUCCGAGCCUGCGCCGGACAGCCCUGAGAUCAAAGCCAGUGGCAAGGGGGAGGAGCUCCAUCCAGACCUGCGUUCUGGCGUGCGGCCGGAAUUUGAAGGCGAGAAGAACCCGAAAACCGGCGAGAUUGGCGGUCCUAAGAAUGAGCCCUUGCGAUGGGGUUCAGAGGGUGAUUGGAGUUACGGAGGUCGCGUGACGGACUUUUGA